AAUCAAAAUUAGUAAACAGUUAUUCACAGUUACGUAUCAAGUUUAAAGUCAGUCAACUUAAAAUAAUGGACAGGCAACUAAACUCGUUAUAUGUAUAAAACAAAGUAAUUUAGAUAACCAUGAAUCAUAUUGCAACUAAGCAAUUUUUGCUAAAUCAUUAGUAAUAUAUAAAAUAAUGUAAUUAAACAAUAAUAGUGUAUUGCAAAUCAAUGGAACCGCGAAUUAUAGUAAAACAUGAUUAACUGUAUCAUAACAAAAACCGUUAAAUCCAGUUUCCUAUUUUUGUUCAGUUCAUCAGCAUUAAAAAAAACGCGCCGUUCUAUUUAUAAAAAUAGUUUUCUUAAAUCAGAUCUGUCAUCCAUUGAGAAUAUGGUGGAAGUGGUAAAUCACCAUUUACAAUGCAAACGUUGCAAAAAUGAAUACAAUGCUGUAUACAGUAUAGAUGUGACGGUUGGCUAUCAAAGAAAUAACGAAUCAGAUCCUAUGACGAUGCUUGAACAAACAUUAAUAUUUAUAAAACGCGACGGGGACGAGAUCCUAUUGGGUUUAAAGUUAAGAGGGUUUGAGAUUGGUAAGUGGAAUGGAUAUGGUGGGAAAAUGGAAAUAGGCGAACUGCCAGCAGAAUGCGCCAAACGUGAACUGUUCGAGGAAUCCGGUCUGGUUGUGGAAGUGGCCGAUUUGAAGUAUUUGGGCAUCUUAAAAUUUUAUCGGUCGGAAAAGAUUCUUGAUCGUUUGGUACAUUUAUAUGUAUGCAGCGUAUACAAAGGAUAUCCACGGACGACCGAAGAAAUGAAGCCUAAAUGGUUCUCCAGCGAAGCACUGCCAUUCAAAGAAAUGUGGGAAGAUUGCGCUCAUUGGAUAGAAUUCGUUGUUAAAGAGAUUAAAUUCACUGGAACUUUUUACAGCGAUAACAUGAACAAUCUAGUCAAUUAUUGCGUCGAAGCUAUUUAUCUAAACUAAAUUGUAUAAUAUAUUAGGAAAAGGAAGUAGUAGUAUUUAUA